CGUAUGAAUACGACUGGAGUAAUUAUAUGAAAAUGGCGACGCCAGCGGUCUGAGAAAUUUCGGUGUGUAUUCAAGAAAAAAACCAGUCAAUUAAGUUACAAAUUCCACAAUGAAACGUAUGCAAGAUCGCGAAAAUUCGCCCAGGAGUAAAAGAUCACGCUCAGGGUAUCCGGGACUUGAUCAUGAAUCCUCUAGAGACCGAAUGUCGCCAGACAUGGACAGGCGAGAUAGCCGGGGACGCGAGCCGAAACCAAAACCUUACCGAGACUUUGAUCAUGAUAUUGGCCCAAUGUCUAGAGGUAACAAAUAUCACGAUAGGAUGGGGGACGGAUUUGGGCCUGCAAGGUCGGAGGUGAGAGGACCAGAAUACAGAUCUUUGUGCUUGAGUAACAUUUCGAGUAAAAUACCAGACGCUGUUUUGAAAGAUAAUUUGUACCACGAAUUCAAGAAAUUUGGGGAAUUCAAUGUGAACGUUACUUUCACGGGUGAUCAGAGAGUUGCAUACAUCAAUUUUCGGUAUCCUGAAGAUGCUAGAGCUGCUAAACACGCCAAAUCGAAAUUGAUUGUAUUUGACCGUCCAGUUCGUGUUGAUCCAGUGUUCCAUAGGCGUCGUAGCAGUAGUCCAAAUAAUGACAUGGGCAGAGAUUAUGGGGGUCCCAGUAAAGGUGGUUACGGACACAACUCGCCUCCUAUGCAGUAUGGAGGGAGGGGUGGCGAAGGUAUGGGAAGAGGCGGUGCUAACAGACGUCAGAAUAUGGGACGUGGAUAUAUUUCAAACCAAGAUAACAUGCCUCCACCAAUGAGUACAUCAAUGGAAAGGGAUAAUUUUGAUCCACAAUUUCAAAAAGAUGGUGCUUCAAGAAAAGCACCAAAUGAAAAGUUUCCCUAUCAUUUAGAUCACAUAAACCCUGAAGAUGACAUUAAAGCGACAAGAACACUGUUUGUCGGUAACCUAGACUACAACAUUGAUUUGAUGGAACUGCGACAGAUUUUUGAGAGAUUUGGUGCAAUUGAAGACAUUGAUGUGAAGAGACCACAAAGGGGACAAGGAAAUGCCUAUGCAUUUUUGAAGUACAUGAACCUAGAUUGUGCACAUCAAGCAAAGGUAGAGAUGUCAGGACAGUACAUUGGGAGGUUUCAGUGUAAAAUUGGUUAUGGAAAAGUGACACCUACAACAUGUUUGUGGGUAGGUGGAUUAGGACCUUGGGUAACUCAUCAAGCAUUGGAGCGUGAAUUUGACCGAUUUGGAGUGAUUGACAGGAUUGAAUGGCCACAUGGAAAGACUUUCGCAUAUGUGUUGUACGACAACAUUGAUGCUGCUACAGCUGCCUGUCAAGAAAUGAGAGGAUUUCCUUUUGGUGAUCUAAACAGAAGACUGAGGGUUGAUUUUGCAGAUAUAAGCCAUAUCAUCAGUUCACCCAGACCAAAUGAUCCACCAUCUCCGGAUGGGAGAGACGUAAGUAGAAAUCCACAGUGGCGUCCACCGUAUGAAGGUCCAGCAGGUGAACACAGAGAUGAUUGGCCAUUGGAUGACAGAGGCCCAAGUCAGCGUAAUUCAGAUCCUAGGGACAACAGCCAGGGACACAGAGGAAGAGAUGUGUGGGAGGGAGGUGACCGAAGUAGACGGCCAAGAACACCAGAUGAAUUCAUUGAUAGACAACAUAAACGUUCAAAAAGCCAGGAGGACAAAUAUGACCCAAAAGAUCGAGAUGUUGGGAGAAACAGAGACAAUGGACGUCGUCCAAUGCAUUCGCAAGAAAGAGACUUUAGUGAUGGGGACCGAGGUGAUUCAAGACGUUUUGAUGAAAGGAGAAUAUCCCAGGGGGAUAAAGAAACUGAAAAGGCAUUGGAGACAGUAGAAACGGUAGCAGAUAUGUCAAAGUGUUUACCUGCAGCAUGGAAUGGUGCUUUGAUUCUGAAAAGCAGUGCAUUUCCUGCAAGAAUGCAUGUGGUUGGUGGUAAUGUGACCUUGGUUGAUAACAUGAUGAGAGACCCAUCAACAACUGAAACACCUGUCCUCAAAGUCAAGCAGCGACUCCGUCUUGACCAACCAAAAUUGGAGGAUGUUGGCCGAAGAGUGACUGGAGCUGGGCCUCGUGGUCACUGUAUUCUUUUGGCUCUCAGUGGUUCUCUUCCACACUAUGAAGAUACUUCAGUGCAACAAAGACCUCUGAAAAAUUUGGUGACAUAUCUGCGACAGAAAGAUGCAGCCGGUGUCAUCUCUCUUCCAAAUUACGACUCAAAAGAUAAGGACAAUGUUGGUGUGCUGUACGCAUUUCCACCUUGUCAGUUUGGAUAUGAUUAUCUCAUGACUAAGGCACCCAGACUUCCUCCAGAGCCUGCAGUUCAGGAUGACUACAUGGUCAUUGUUGUCAUCCGGGGUGCUGCAUAGCUUUUCAUCAACCAAUAUUUAGUUUAGUCAUUGCUCUUGGGGGGGGGGGGGCAUCCAUUAUGUUGCUUUAGGUAUUUUUCAACACUUCAUUACAAGAUAAUUUUGAAUGAAAUACAGUCCAUCCUUGCUUUUUUUUACAAAUGUGUAAAAUAUCUACCUUUCGUUUUUAUUACAACUUUUACAUUUACAUGAAUAUUGUAUUGUUUUUAAAUGUUCUUAAAUUGACCAGUACAAAAUUAAAUUGCCUUUACAGUUUUUAAAUCCGAUGAUAUAAAGGCUAAUUACUUGACAAAUCUGAUCUAAAGUAUCUAAAAAUUGCUCUUUUUUUACUGGUUUUUAUUGGAAAUUCAGGGGAGUUGUUUUUUUCUUAAAUUGACAUCUGUUUACUGAGGAAUUAUAUUUGGAUAUUAUUAAUUAGAAAGUGAAACGAGUUUACUUAAAUGCAGCUAAUUGUUCAUCAGUGAUAGUGAUUAAUUAAUCCAUGUUUAAACCAUCGUUCAUUACCAUAUGAAACUUUGAAAAUGCAGCAUAUUUAAUUUGUGUUGAAGUAUUAAAAUUGAUAAAAAUGUGUAAUGACCUCUCAAAAUAUGACAAGUUUUAAUAUAAAUUCCAUGUACUGUACUUGUAAUUUGUUCAGAUUUAAUCUUUAAAUUGAAAGGUUAAUGAUACCUUAGGACAAGGUCGUUGAGGGGAUGUUGUAUUCCAUUCAUAUGUUUACAUUGUGUCAUCAUUCUAGUGAAGAAUGUUAAUCAAACUUAAACAUUGGUCAAGUAUUUAGUUACCAUAAAUUAGAGGAUGUAAUCAAGGUGUCAAGGUCACUGGUACACGGUCAAGGUCACUGUCAGUAUCUAUAGAAAAUCAUUAUUACUCUUAGUGAAUUCCUGUUGGAAAGAAUUUCAAUCUUAUAUAUGUUGAUAAAAUAUGAAAAUACUUUGAACGAAUGAGCUCUUCAGGGUGAAAAAGCCAAGGUCAUUGUUGCUAUUUAAGAACAUCACUAGCAACUUUCAUUGUCAUUCCUGCAUGAAAUUUGAUAAAAGUUACGCCCUGUUGGUUAAGUAAGAAAAAACUCAAACUAUUAAUUUUUCAGAGUUCCAAUGUCAAGGUUAUGGUCACAAUUAUAAAUUACAGAAAAUUGAUCACUAUUUAAUUACCCUGGUAUUAUUAUUUAUAGAAUUUUUGUCAUUGCUCUUUAACUGGCGACUUCAUUUCUGCAAUUUUUAAGCACCACUUGGAGGGUUCUGUAUUGUUUGUAAUGCAUUGUUUAAUUUAUUGACAAUCAUGAAGUGAAGUUUGUAGUCAUUUGACAUGUAUGGAAAUUCCAUCUGAAUUGCAAAAAAAAGAGGAAAGAGGAAAAUAAUGAAAUAUACCGAUUUUACAUAAUAAUUCAUAAAUGAUUUUUACUGUUUGUUGAUAUUGGAUGACAACCUACCACUGUUGAAAGAUCUUGAUUAUAAUCUGAAAAGUACUUGAUGUGAAUGCAGUCUCGGAGAAUUUACUGUACAUAAAUUUGGAAAAUCUUGAUCGAAUGUUAGUCUUCUGCAAUGGUACACUACAUAUACUGGCUGUAGAAGUAGAAAAUCGAAAAUGUGUAUAAUGGUACUACUAACCUCUUCAUUGAAGACUGUUAUUGACAUUUUUUGUUUGUUUGAAAGCUCCCUCAUUUGUUUGUUAGAGGAAUCAAAUAUUUAUUGUUAUUUUGAAGCUGUAGAAAAUGCUUUGGUAGUGGUUGUUCAGCUAUUUGGUAAUCAAUGAAGACUUUGAUGUAUGAUUUAGUUCAUUUCUGAAAUAUUGGAACAUUGAAUUAGUGCAAAUGAAGUAAGAUAUAUUUUGUAGUAACAAUAUUUUAAAAGCAAUUCAGCAGGUUGUUGAUGGGUCUGUAGCUGUCUCCCAAAGAUGAGGAUGAUUCUACGACAGUUCCUGCUGCACAGCUGAUAUACUGCUGCUGAUGGAAUAUACUGUUCAACAAAACAUGGAGGUGACACCUCGGCCAGUGUAAUUGAAGUGGUCUGCAGCCAUCAAGUGCUAUGCUUGGAAGUCUCCUUUUGUGUGCUUUCAUGUACAAAUUUUGUCUUGUGCAUACCCUGCCGCCAUCGGUCAUCUUCAGAUAAUCGAUCAGUGCCCAAGCUGAAAUCCAACCAUAACCAUCCAAUACCUUCUGUGAAAUAAACAUUAUUGUGUGUGCCAGCCUGUGACACUGCUCUAGAAAAAGAAAUGAUGACAAUCCUCAGAUAUUUCUGAGAUGUACAUACCAGCAUUCUAAUGAAGAAAUCUUAUUUUGUGUUUUAGCUAUUGUGAUGAAGUACAUUGUGGUUUGAAGAAAAAGUGUUUCAUAUUCGACAUAUUGUGUGUUUGUGUUGAAAAUUUUCUUCAAAGUGAUCUUAUAAUGUAUGUUGUGCCAUGCCUGUGCCAAGAAUUAUGCUCAGCAACAAGAUUCCUUGCUUGAUAUGUGUUUUAUAUUUCUAAUGGAGUGAAAAAGAAAUGGAAUAGAAUAGAAAAAAGUGGGCUGUUGAGAAAUCAACAAAAAAGGGAGCUGAUUUUUAAAUUCAACCAUUUUAAGUGUGAGAUUUGGAAGUGCACCUUCAGAUUUUUGGCAACAUUUUGGAAGUCAUAAAAUCUCUUACAGUUUCCAAGGUGGAUUUCUCAAAUUUUGCUUCAAUUUUUGGAGAAUUUUGUCAUCAUUUUAAAUGUGAAAUAUUUUAAGUGAAAAAGGAAGUGAUUCUUGUGGCCUGUUUCAGUAAUUUGGCAGUGUUGAUUCCAAAGUAAUUGUUUUUUUUUAUUCCAAACAGUUUAUUUGUGUAAGUUCUUAUACAAGAAUUCUUCUCUUCGGUGAAAAGGAACUCUCCUAUGCCUGCUGAUUUUGAAUUGGAGAAUUCCAUUUAAAUCCUUGGAGAUUUUGUGUUUGUGCAUACAAAGUCAUGUAUAGAAAUUGUGUACAGAAUUUGUGAAAAGUGUAUAUAAAAACAACUGAACGUCGUGUGCUUCUCAUGAAUAAGAUUGUGUAGAUUGGAGGAAAUGUCUUGGCCGUGAAAAUUGGUUAUUCUACUUGGUGUCAAUAAGUCUGUGUAAUAAUGGCAUGUAUUGUACUAUUUUAGGAUAGAAUAAACAUCAAUAACACGAA